AUGCCAGGGGAACAGGGUCUGGGCAGAGAGCAGCUGCUUGAUCUGACCUUGGAGAAGGACCAGACGGGCCUCCUGAGGAGCUCAGAGACCCGCUGUGCCAGCUCUGCCCUGCGUGUCCCUUGGGAGGCGUCCCUGAGAUGCAUAUGCUUAGGCUGGCAGCGCUCAGCCCGGUCACUGGGUGUGUUUGUCUACAUCUUCCCCACCUGUAACGCGGGCAGGCUGGACAAAUGUAUUCCCUCUUCACCUGAGCUGUUCCUCCUCCCAAAGGGGCACAGUGACAGCACCGGGUCCGGGACUGAUGGGGUGCUGGUGCACCUGAGCCGUGGCGGGGCUGAGGUCCAGAUCUUCGCUCCUAACGUCCCUCAGAUGCACGUGAUUGACCACACCAAGGGGCAGCCUUCUGAGAGCGAGACCAGGAAUGUUCUGGCUGAGUCGGCAAGGAUCGCCCGUGGCAAGAUCACUGACCUGGCCCAGCUAAGUGCAGCCAACCAUGAUGCCGCCAUCUUUCCUGGGGGCUUUGGAGCUGCCAAAAACCUGAGCACAUUCGCCGUGGACGGGAAAGACUGCAAAGUCAACAAAGACGUGGAGCGCGUCCUGAAGGACUUCCACAAGGCGGGGAAGCCCAUCGGCUUGUGCUGCAUCGCUCCUGUCCUCGCGGCCAAAGUGCUUCCUGGCGUCGAGGUCACCGUGGGCCACGAGCAGGAGGAAGGCGGCAAGUGGCCGUAUGCCGGGACCGCAGAAGCCAUCAAAGCCAUGGGUGCCAAGCACUGUGUGAAGGGAGUGACCGAAGCUCACGUGGACCAGAAAAACAAGGUGGUCACGACCCCAGCCUUCAUGUGUGAGACGGCGCUCCACCACAUCCAUGACGGGAUCGGGGCCAUGGUGACGAAGGUGCUGGAGCUUGCCAGGAAGUGAGCCGCCGGGCUCUGGGCUCUGGCUUCGCUUCUUCCACCAGGCGGAGCUGGCGGCCUGUUGUCCUGUCCAGCUUGGAAUAUGACACACGGGGUCGGAUAAUUGGUGUGAGAGUCGUCAUCAGCUCUGAUCAGCUCAACUUCCUUCCAAGAGGAGGGAGGCAGAGCCCACGCCCUGGAGAGGCUGCUGGAGUCCCCCACCUGUAGGAUGGAGUAGCAACUGGACUCCUGGUGCCUCCCGGGAAUGACAGUCAGCUUUCUCACGAAGCCAGUCAGGUGGAGGUAUUAUAUAACCUCAGGUUUGCCUAGCUUCAGAAUACUUAGUGUUUGGAAGGGAAAAUAAUUUUAAGUUUAUAAAUGUAAUAAUCGGAAAACUUGAAACAUGGUUAUUAACAAUUAAAGAUUCUCUAACCUGGAGUAAA